UUCAUCCCGCGCCAUCAACUUCCAAUCCUAACAAUCCUAACCUGACGGCACCAGUCAGCCACCAGCAACGGAGGUACUCUUCAAAUCCUAUCAGUCCUGCCGUUACAGGUCCCAAUCCCACCAUCGUACCCAGUUCACCUCGAAAUCACACCGACUACCCGUACUCACGUCAAUCUGACCACGUGUUACCUCACCUCAACCAACCAUAUCAUAUGGAAGCCAAUUCACAAACUGGUAUCCCUGCAUAUCCUCCUUCUGGACGUCUGCAGUAAUGGCCGACAUCAGCUCUAUGCCUGCUCGAAGAAGCAUCGAGUCCAUCUGUACAAUUGGUGGUACCAAGAUUCCAAGUAUUCCUCCUAUUCCUCCAGACUCUGUUCCCAACCUGGAGUCUAUCCGACGAGUAUACGACAUUGCUUUUGCGCCCGGUCUAGACAAGCUCUUGGAGUCAGGCUCGGCAAAAUGGUUUGCCCGAGAAGGAUUUCCUCUGCUUUCUGCCGAUCGAACCCGCCUAGGAAGUCUUUUGGCAUAUUUGACACUGGUCAGUAAUCACUCGGAUGCGGCAAAUGAGAAUGCGACGCUUGCGAGUCAAGAAGCCCGUGUUACCUGGGGCUUACUUGAGCUUUGUAUCCAUCCCGAGCAUGAUGGAGGUGAAGAAGCCGAUAAGCUGGCUCGGCAUUGUCGGGCUCUGAGUGCAAUCUUGACUGGUGAACCAUUUUCUAGCCCAACCACUUCGAUGGCGGAUUUUGUUCACCAAGAUGAGGUCGAACCAGAAGUCAAAGCCAGUGCAUUAGAAAAACAGCUGUCAAGACGAUCAGAAGACUUUUGGAAGCUGGUGGAAGCGGCAGCUGCAAGUCAAGUUGCUCCCGGACAAGGUAUCUCUCCUGCCGCAGUCCGACAGUGCCGACCUCUGCUUGACGGGUUGGAGAAUCGAGACAUCGUUUACAGCAUCAUGUUAUUGGGGUCAAGAACGAGCGGAAAUGGCGAUCUCACCUCGGAAAGAGAACUGGCAAAAAGAUUCCUGGAGUCCCAGGCCAAUGGACGUGCUACGAACCAAGUUUUUGCUACUGUCUCGGGCAUGGCGUUGAGGGCGUUUGCAUCCUGAAGGGACAAGCCUUGGACGGGCCUUUCUUUCUUAUGUUUCUGGAUUCAG